AUGGCGUCGUCCAACAACGUCGUGGCCACCGAGGUGAGCAACGCGGUGACCAAGCUCAACGACCACCUCGCCAGCGCCCUCGCCGGCAGCGAGAACACCACCACCGGCACCGGCGGGGCCACCACCAUCAUCACGCUGGCGGGGGAGAACAGCGGCGCCACCAUGGAGGCUGCGGCUGGCGGCGACGUGGAGGACCUCGUCGUCGUCGGCAGCGCGGACGCGGAGGAGCACGACGAAGAAGAGGAGGGGGAGGAGAACGUGGUCAUCACCGCCUACGCCAACAGCAACUACCAGGCCGUCAACAACUCGGUGCUCGUCGCCGGCAGCUGCGCCGUCAACGACCCCGGCGUGCACGUCGUCGUGGUGGAGCACGUCGACGAGAUACGCGAUUACGACGAGGACAUCGACGUCCAGGAGUUCUAA